AUGGUUAACGUAAAAGUGGAGUUUCUGGGUGGCCUGGACGCUAUUUUCGAAAAGCAAAGAGUACAUAAAGUUACCGUAGAUAAAGAGGAUCCUGUAACCGUGGGUGAUUUGAUUGGACACAUUGUGUCCACCAUGAUCAAGAACCCUAAUGACGUGAGUGUUUUCAUUGAAGGCGACUCUAUAAGACCCGGUAUCAUCACAUUAAUCAACGACACUGAUUGGGAGCUUGAAGGUGAAGAGGGCUAUAUUCUGGAAGAUGGCGAUAUUGUCUCUUUCACUUCCACUCUACAUGGUGGAUAA